CUUGAUCUCUCUGUGCACAGCCGCGACGACGCAACCAGGCAACGACAUGUCGACAUCGCAUCACUUCCAAAUUCCCCCGGCCGCCGCCUCGCCACACACAGAUCGCCAUGGUCGCCACCGCAAGCUCCCUGUCGCCGCGCUCUGCGUCGUCUAAAGUGCUGAGCCACACGACGCCACCUUUUCUCGCGAGUUUGUACGAGAUCCUGUCCAAGGAAGACCCGACCGUGAUCGGGUGGUGUGACGGCGGCAAGUCGUUUGGUGUGUACGACUUUGACGCGAUGGAAAAACGCAUCUUGCCCACGUACUUUCGCCACAGCAAGUUUGCGUCGUUCCAGCGCCAACUCAACUACUUUGGGUUUCGCAAGCUGCAAAAAUUCAAUGGAACCGACCAGAGCAACGUGUACUGCCAGCCCCUUUUCAACCGCGACGACCCCACAGCCAUGCUCCGCAUCAAGCGCAAGACGUAUCGCCUCAAGUCACAGACCGGGACUGUGUCACCCUGCGACGGGUUUCCGUACUCGCCGUCCCACGUGAACACUACCUACGAGCCACAUCAAGCCAUGGACCAUACCUCUUACGGCUACAACUGCUUCGAGAUGGACAUGACCGCUUCGUUGCCCGACACAACGCUCCAGAGCUCGUUCGUGUCGCUUUUGUAUUCGGACCUGCCAUCGGUGGUUGACCCGUCUGCAUGUGACGCCUGGUCGUUCCAGCCGAUUCCAUUUCUCUGCGCUCCACAAGACUCGUGGACGCUGCCAGAUGAAGACUUGACGCUCCUCUCGUCGCUUACCAUGCCUGCUACAGCGGUCUAAAGUCGACCGCUGAACGUGUUCCAGUUAUAGAAAGUUAGUCGUAUUUAAUGCAAUCCAGCAAAAGUUUUCCCA